UAUUUUGUAUACUAUACAAAACAUUUAGAAAAUAAUUAGAAUAGCUGUUCUUAAAAAGACCAGUAGAAGAGUGUUAUAAAAAUCCGUUGAUUUUUUUUAGAUCAUUGAAUAAUAAUUUACUCCGAUCCGGAUGUCGUCACGUGACUAAUUCGAAAACAUUUUUCACAAAAAGUGCCGGAAAUUUUCACUCAUCUGCUAUUUUAGUGUACAGAACUAUAGACGCCAUGGCAGUUAACGUGUACAGUACGAGUUGUACACAGGAGAAUCUGAGUAGACACGACAUCAUCACAUGGGUCAACGACAGUCUCCAAACUAGUUAUAGUAAAAUUGAGGAAUUGUGUACAGGUGCAGCAUAUUGUCUUUUUAUGGAUAUGUUAUUUCCAGGAAGUAUUAUUAUGAAAAAGGUUAAAAUUUCAACCAAAUUGGAGCAUGAAUCGAUUCACAAUUUCAAGGUGCUUCAAGAGGCCUUCAAAAAAGCAGGAGUGGAUAAGAUAAUACCAGUAGAGCGGCUGGUGAAAGGUAAAUUUCAAGACAAUUUCGAGUUUGUCCAGUGGUUCAAGAAAUUCUUUGACGCCAACUAUCAAGGCCAGGAGUAUGAUGCAGUGGCCGCACGGGAGGGCCAACCGCUAGGUGGUUCUGGCAAGCCUGCAGGGCCCGGGGGUCUCAAACCCAAGAGCCAUGUUGCCAAGCCAGCUGCCCCAGCAGCGCCGGCCGCGGCGCAGAGAGGUGGGUCUUCUGGGCUUGCUGCACCCUCAGGUCUGAUUGAUUGUAGUUUGUUAUGGACUGUUUGGAGUUUUAUUAACAUCUUGUCUUUCUUGAUUAGCCUGUGAAUUAAAACUGGGUUU